ACGUCAAGCAAAACAAAACAAAAAAACCCAUCAGUCACCACAACACAGAGAGAGUAAACCGUUGAUUUGCUGCUAUUCAUCGCUGCGAGAGAGAGAGAGAGAAAAGCAAAAGUACGGUUUUCUUGCCUCGCGAUUCCGAUUCUGACUACGCUCACCGGUUACAGAUGGAGGAGACACUCGCCGCUUCUCGCUCUUCCCGAUCUCGUACUCCACAACGACCACCGUCUCCGCCUCCGGUUGUUGCCACGUGUGGUAUCAUCGUCGUUGAAGACGAGCCGAAGCCGACGACGGCUAAGACAAGUAGACGUUACAGUUUCGAUUUCAGAAGAGCCGUCGGCGAAGGGAACUCUAAAGGAAAAGGCACUGUCACUGGUGUUGUACGUACGGAUGAAAGAAACCCUAACACUGCAGUUGGCAACUCCCGUAACACUUCCGGGAACUUACCCUCGCCGGGAGAAUCAGCCGGAGAAGGUAGUUCGACGGUUCACGCUGCUGCUGGAAGAUUUGAUGGGAACGUACGGUAUAGGCUUUACUUUAAGGGUUUGGUAAACGAAGAGAACGGGAAGGGGAAGAUGACCGACGUAUUGGCUGGAUUUGGUGUUGCUAUUUGUGACCUGAGGGAUAAUUUGUUGUUCGAGAUGAAGGGACCAUUGAUUGGCCAUGGCGUGAGUCGUCAGGGAGCGGAGCUCAAGGCAUUGAUACGAGGACUUACCGAAGCUCUGAAGUUGGGGAUCAAACGUAUCGUCUUUUGUUGUGAUUCUUAUCCUAUUUUCCAAUUCGCCAGGGGAAAGUAUGUGGCUAAGCAAAAGAAGAUUUCCUUGUUGUUAAAUGAUCUCCAAGGCAUCAUGCAACAAUUUUCAUCUAGUCAGCCUGUUCUGGUGGAUGGAAAUGAUGUGAAAUUUGCUUAUAAGCUUGCAAGGGAAUCAAUGCUUUCUAAGGUCACCCCUCGUGAAGAUCCUCGCCAGGCAAAAGCAGCUCGGAAAGAGAAGUGUGCUAUCUGUUUCAACGACAUCUAUGCUGAGCGCAUGUUUUCUGUUGACAAAUGCCGUCACCGCUUUUGCUUUCGAUGUGUGAAACAAGAUGUAGAGGUGAAUCUGCUUCAAGGAAUGGUUCCGAAAUGUCCUCACGAUGGCUGCAAGACUGAGCUGGGUAUCGAUACCUGUGGGAAACUUUUGACUCCGGAGCUGAGUAAAAUGUGGCAACAAAGACUUAUAGAGAAUGCAAUACCUGUCACAGAGAGAGUUUACUGCCCUUACCCGUGGUGCUUGGCUUUGAUGUCCAAAACCAAGAUUUCUGAAACUGCCAAGAGCUUACUGUCUCUUUAUCCUAAAUCUGGAGUUAGGAGAUGUGUUGAAUGUCGUGGUCUCUUCUGUGUAGACUGUAAAGUUCCGUGGCAUGCAAAUAUGUCCUGCACCGAGUAUAAGAAAUUGCAUCCUAACCCUCCAGCAGAUGAGGAUGAUGAUGAAGAUGAAGAUGAUUACGACUAUAAUGACUUCCUCCUUCAUUUUGCGCAUGCGAUGAAUGAUCCUAAGCCUGAAGAGCCCUUCGACCCCUUCUUCGACUUGCCAGAUGGUGUGAUCUUUACCCCCGAUAUGUUGUCUCCCAAGAGUCGUCGCCAAUUGUACCAGUCGGAUGAUGAUGAUUCAGAUGAGGAUGAGUUUGGCGAAUACUAUACCCGUAAGAAUCUGGAAGCACUCUGUGCUAAUGCAGAUGAGGAUGACGAAUACUUUGGAAAGUAUGGAAAGUACACAAUAAUGUACGACUCGGACGGCUAUGAACUCGAGGACUUCACGAACCCUUUCCAUCCUGACUAUCCUCACUUCUGAGAUUUGGUUUGACACCAAAGUUGGUGGUAUCUUUUGCUUUUGUAUUUUCCAGGUCCAAACUCUUUGUUAUAUGCUCUCUCUACUCUUUAAGCUUUUUGAGGUUCCUUGUUUCUAUGACUUGUUGUUCUGUAUGACAGUAUGAGUUUGGGUAAUCUUUGAAUUUGUAGACAACUUGGGUUUAA